AUGACGGUUACCAACGGGAACAGGACGGUGCCCGUCUUCAAGACCGCAGACGGAGGCGUCGUUGAGUUUGGUGGCCACUUGAAAGAAUUAUUCCCCUUUGGAAAGGGCUGGCGAAACUUGAACCAUGGCUCGUUUGGCAGCAUCCCUCACGAGAUUCAAGCCAAGUACAAGGAGUACCAAGACAUAGCAGAGGCCCGACCUGACCAGUUUAUUCGCUACGACUACAAGAAGCCGCUAGAUGAGUCGCGAGAGGCACUGGCCGAGCUCGUCAACGCCCCCGCGGAGGGACUUGUGCUCAUCGGCAAUGCCACCGAGGGCGUCAACACCGUAUUCCGAAACAUGACCUGGGCAGAGGACGGCAAAGACGUUAUCAUCUACUUCUCCACGGCGUACGGAUCUUGCGCCAAGUCUAUCGACUACCUUGUCGACUACUUUGGCCCGGACCGCGUCUCCUCGGAAAGCAUCGUGCUCGACUAUCCCAACGAAGACGACGAAAUCAUCCAGAUGUUCCGCGACACGGUAGCGCGUCUCAAGGCGCACGGCAAGCGGCCAAAGAUCUGCAUGUUUGACGUUGUUUCAUCGCUCCCUGGUAUCCGGUUCCCCUGGGAAGACAUGUGCGGAGCGUGCAAGGAGCUAGGUGUCUUGAGUCUUGUCGAUGGUGCGCAGGGAGUCGGCAUGGUGCAUCUGGACAUUCGCGCCGCAGACCCAGACUUUUUCAUCUCCAACGCCCACAAAUGGCUCUUUACGCCGCGCGGCUGCGCUCUGCUUUACUGCCCGGAGCGGAACCAGCACCUGCUCCCAACUACACUUGGCACGAGCCACGGCUACGAGCCCAGGACGGUCAAGCGGUUCAACCCGCUGCCGCCGAGCGAGCAAAACGCCUUCUUGACCAACUUUGGGUUUGUCGGAACGCGAGAUAACUCCAUGUAUUACGUGAUCAAGGAUGCUAUUGAGUGGCGCAAGCGUGUUUGCGGUGGUGAGGACAGGAUCCUUUCGUAUCUGUGGAAACUGAACAAGGACGGUGCGAAGCUGGUAGCGGAUGCCCUGGGCACGCAUGUGCUUGAUAAUAGCAAGGGUACCAUGACAAACUGCGGCAUGGCCUGUGUUGCUCUGCCUCUCUGGAUCGGAGAGAAGGGCGAAGGCGCUGCGAGUAUCGAUGGCGUCGUGCCGGCUCAAGAUGGCGAUCUAGCGUUCCAGUGGAUGCUAGAGCAGAUGAUGAGCGAGUAUAACACGUUUCUGCCGCUAUUUGUGCAAAAGGGCCAACGAUACUGGGUGCGUCUGAGCGCACAGAUAUAUCUUGAUCUCCAGGACUACGAGUUUUCGGCCAAGAUGCUCAAGGAUCUAUGCGAGAGGGCAGCAAAGGGCGAGUAUUUGCAAGCGGCCAAGUAA